AUGGAUCGGGAUGCUAACAGGAUAUUUGAAGAUGCGGCUCGGGAAAUGUGGAUGAAAUGUACGGAACGGGCGGGACUGAUUGUCGGUGACAGCAGCGGCCACCGACUCUCCGAAACUAUCACCAACCCGCCAGUCGAGUCGCUCCGUCGUGAUCUCUCGUUGUCUGUGUCUAAGCAGGUUGUUUUCUCGUGCAUCUUGAUGUUUCAGGAUAAUUUCGGUGACUGUGGCUACCCUUCAACCCUUGUCUGGCACUUGUUGGCCACGAUGGUGCCACUCAAUCCGAGAAACAUGGAGCCAAUGGUGUGCAUAGAGACAAUGGCUGCGCCACUUCCGAGCACCACGUUGUGA